ACAUUGCUCUCAAGCCCCUUGCCUGCCCCAUCCCCAUCCAUCCCAUCCCAUUCCAAUCCUUCUUUCUUCGUUCGAGCCUGCCUGCGCUUCGUCGUUCUAUCAAGCAUCUCAAGAUGUCUGGCUGCGGAAACUCCGGUUGCUCAUGCGGUGCCGCCUGCAAGUGCGCCAGCGGCAACAGCUGCUGCGCUAAAAGGUCCAUGGACGACUUCGAGAGUUCGGAGAUGAGAGGCUUCGAGGGAGCCAACGAAGGAUGCAAGUGCGGUGACAAAUGCUCAUGCAACCCUUGCAACUGCAAGUGAGAGUGCAUCAAUCCUUCAAUCUUCAGACCUCCACCUUGAGGACGAUGGAUACAGAUGACACCUGACUGAGGAGAGGACCUGUAGUCCAUGUGCACAUACUAAAAUGUUGGGAGAAUAUAGAAAGUGUUGUCUUUUGCGUCCAAGGUUGUUCAAAGAUCUCGAUUAUGAGAUAACAGUGAUCGACUGUAUAUCUAUCUGUCCACAGAAAUAAAGACAAUAUUAUCUGACAAUGUACAUG